CAAAAUAAACAAUCAGACAUAGUUCAUUCUUGUCUUUUGUCUCAGCUAUUAAUUUUUUUUUGCCACACUUUAGAUUACCAUAAUAGAAAGAGAGAUAGAAGGAGUGAUGGCUAGUUGCAACAUGGCAUCAGCUGCUUCUGGGUUUGUGUUGUCACCUAAUGUAACAAGCAGCACAAAUUCAGCAUCAAGGAUCACUAUGCUCAUGAUGUACCCUCCUAAGAACAACACUUGUAGGCUUGUUGUGAGAGCAGCAGAAGAGGGUGCAGAAGGAGCAGUUACACCUGCAAUAGCCACUCCCCCACCUGAAGCUGAAUCAGCUACCAAACCCAAGCCUCCACCAAUUGGCCCCAAAAGAGGUGCCAAGGUUAAGAUUCUUAGGAAGGAGUCCUAUUGGUUCAAUGGUAUUGGUUCUGUCGUUGCUGUUGAUCAGGACCCUAAGACUCGGUACCCAGUUGUGGUUCGAUUCAACAAAGUUAAUUAUGCUAAUGUAUCCACAAACAAUUAUGCUUUGGAUGAGAUUGAGGAACUCAAAUGAGUCAUUUAUUUUAGUUGUAAUUUGACUGUCGUCAUGCAUUUCCUGUCACAAGCCUAAGGGUUUUCUUCUCAUAUAGAAGAAUGUGUAUCAUAUUUUCUAUGAUAUCUACCCCUUCAUCUCUAUACACAACAUUCUAUAUGUGCAAUUGCUCAUACACAUA